AUGACUCGCGCACAAACCCUCAAAAUCGAAGAGCUGCGAGCCUCGAUGGCUCGGACAGUGGCCGAGAUACGCGCCAUGAAAUCCCAAGUGCAUAACGUGACAAGUGCCGCGCCCGAGAUUGAUCGAAUGCUUGAACAAACCCAAAGAACACCGUUCACGGCAAGAAUCACGGAGGCAAAGAUUCCCGAGCCCGGGAAAGUAAGAAUCCCAUUCUACGAAGGUACAGCUGACACGAAGGCGCACAUCACAGCGUUUCGGAUAGCAAUAGGACGAGCAUUCACAAGAAACGCCGCCAAUCUGACCGAACGAGAGGUAGAUGCCGGAUAUUGCCUGCUCUUUGUAGAGGAUCUCAAAGGAGCCGCGCUCGAAUGGUUUUCAAGACAGGAGCACAAUUCAAUCGGCAGUUUCCAACAGCUCUCCGCUAUGUUCCUCAAGCAAUACUCGAUGUUCAUGAAUCGAGGGACCUCCGAUGCCGAUCUAUGGACGUUAUCCCAAGGACCGAACGAACCGCUUCGGGACUACAUGGCGAGAUUCAAGGCGGUCAUAUCUAAAGUAGAAGGAAUAAGCGACAAGGCUGCACUCGAGGCUCUGAAGCGGUCUCUAUGGUACAAAUCUGAAUUCCGACGGGAAAUGGCCCUCAACACGCCACAAACGAUUCAAGAUGCCCUACAUCGGUCAUCAGACUUCGUCAUAAACGAGAAGGAGAUGAAAAAUCUGGAUGAGCAGUACAAAGCAACGAAAGCAGCGAUCCUUGAAGAAAGGAAACCCGUCAAACAACACAACAACACAGAGCUCCGAGGAACCAAGAAGCGGAGGCGCCCACAACUAUCAAGUAGGCGCUGGACGCGGAAGAGGAGAACCGCGCAGCAACACUUGGGUAAGGAGACCCACUAA